CCUAAAUUAACAGAAUCAGCUCACUUCGUCACCCCCACCGUUUCUCUCCCCUGCUGCUCUAUCAUUCUCCACAUUGCCACUGUCGUGCUUUAUCUUCUCUGUCUCAGGUGAACUCAUCGUCAUCAUCACCAUCACCAUCACCAUCAUCAUCUCCCUUUCAAUUUUAUUUCAACGCUUUUUAUGUUUGAUGUUUAUAAAGCAGAGUACGCUAUACUUUUGUGUAUUGGAUUUUGUUUUUGUUUUUGAAUGCAAUUCUUAUAGUUAAUGCACCUUAAUUUAAUGGUUUGUUAUCCUGUUUUUCUAUGUGAAAUUUGUUUUGUAUGAAUUGUUUUGUUGGUUUUAGCUUAAGAAAUAUUGUGCUUUGUUUGUGUAAACGUCUAAUUCAAUAUUGUUUUGAUAAUUGAUAUAAUCAUUUUCAAAAUCCGCAGCUGCAAAAUCAUCAUAUCCCCUUCUCAAUUAUUUUUUGUUUCGGUAGCUUUUUUUUAUAAGAAUUUCCAUGAUAAUUAAUUAUGGUUUCCAUCACUUUUUAUUGCAUAAGAGUUUCUCAAUCCCAAUCAACUUUGUAUAAUCAAAUAAAGAUAAUGUGGUUGAAUGGUCGAUCAAUGUACAAUAAAGUUUGGUUUUAAUUAUGACAUUUUUGUUUAGUUUGAUAUCGAUUAGGAAGAAUGAAUAUCUACUCUUAUCUUUUAGAAUUGAUUUGUUAGUAGAUUUAUUUCAAAGGAGUCCUUGCGAUUCAGAUUAUGUAGUAGUAAUCUUUUAAAUUUGGUUGUUGUCCUUUUGUUAUUUAAUUAUACUUUCUAGAGCAUAGGAUAUCUUUAGGUUUAUUUUGCAGAGUCUUUGCAAAUCUCUAUAAAUGCCCCAUUCGAGAUUAAAUAAAGGUAUUCAAGGGAUCAGAUUUUGUGUACAGCAGUCCGCCGUGGCCUCAUUAAGACGAUCGUUUGUCUGAUUUGCUAAGUGGUAUACUUCUCCACACCUUUCUCCAUUUGAGUUCGAAAGAUAUCAAAUAUCUCUAUUCGUGUACGCUCUCUUUCGACUGAAGGGUUGUCACACCAUUGCUAUUCUUUGUCUCCUCACUCACGGGCUUGGUAGAAUUUAUUGAAACAAAAUGGAUAGAAGUUGGAUGUCAAAGUCAAGAGUAACAACGGAAUACCAAAAUGGACUUCACUACUUUUUGGACUAUGCUUUUCACAACGCAAGCAUGCAUGAUAAGAUAUUAUGUCCAUGCAAACGUUGCAGAAUUCGUAUAUUGGUGAGUAGAGAUGAUGCAUUUGAACAUUUGACAGUAGAUGGAUUUAUUCCUGGGUACAACCAAUGGAUAGCUCAUGGAGAACUACCUAGUAGACUUUCAUCUAGUGGUGAAAAUCAACAUAAUAGUUUGGGCGAUGAUGAUAUGCGGGGUUUAGUUCAUGAUGCAUUUGGAGUUCCAAAUGAAGAAGGACAUACAGAGGAAUAUACAGGUGCUCAGAUGGAUGUAGAUUAUGCUAAUGGGCAAGCAAAAGAAUUUUAUAAGUUGAUUGAUAAUUCACAACAACCAUUGUAUGAAGGAUGUGAUAAAUUCUCAAAACUAUCAUUCAUAAUCCGUUUGUUGCACUUAAAAUGUAUUGGGAGCUUGAAUAAUAAAGUAUUUGAUAUGCUUUUAGAAUUAUUAAGGGAAGCUUUUCCAGAUGCCAUGGUUGGCCUACCAAAGUCCUACUAUGAAGCCGAGAAACUGAUGAAAGAACUAGGACUUGGCUACGAAAAAAUCGAUGCUUGUCCAAAUGACUGCACUUUGUAUUGGGGGGAAAAUGAAAGAAAAACUUCAUGUGACACAUGUCAUCAGCUAAGAUGGCGUACUUCAGAUAAAGAUCCGACAGGUGAGAAAAGAAAGAUUGCUCAAAAGGUAUUAUGGUAUUUUCCGCUCAAGCCAAGGUUACAGCGGUUGUUCAUGUCUACAAAGACGGCAUCCCACAUGAGAUGGCAUGCUGAAAAUCGCACGAAGGAUGGGUGUAUGAGACACCCUGCCGAUUCCCCAGCAUGGAACACAUUUGAUCGCUUACAUCCUAAUUUUGCUAGGGAAUCUCGCAAUGUUCGAUUGGGAUUGGCAGCAGAUGGAAUUAAUCCCUUCAAAAAUAUGAGUGUGUCGCACAACACAUGGCCUGUCAUAUUAUUUCCCUAUAACCUUCCUCCGUGGAUGUGCAUGAAAGAGCCUUAUUUGAUGUUAUCUCUAUUGAUUCCUGGUCCAUUAGCUCCGGGGAAUAAUAUUGAUAUUUAUUUGCAACCCCUAAUUGCCGAUCUAAAGGAUUUGUGGGAAGUAGGAAUUGAAACGUAUGAUGCAUCAAAAAAGCAAAAUUUUCAGUUACGUGCUUCAUUACUAUGGACAAUCAGUGACUUUCCAGGAUAUGCAUAUUUAUCUGGAUGGAGUACCCAAGGUGAAUUUGCAUGCCCAGUUUGUAAUAAAGAAACUCACUCUCUUAGAUUGAAACACGGCGGGAAGUAUUGCUACAUGGGGAAUCGUAGAUUUUUGCCCAAAGAUCAUGAGUUUCGGAAGAAUAAACGACACUUUGAUGGCACAUUUGAGUAUAGACAAGCACCGCAACAACAAUCUGGUAACAUGGUGAUGGAUGAGCUGAAGGACUUCACAAUUAAAUUUGGUAAGCCAGUUAAAGGUAAUCAAAAGCUUUUCGGUUGGAAAAAAAAGAGUAUAUUUUUUGAGCUACCAUACUGGAAAGAUAAUGUUGUCCGCCACAAUCUUGAUGUCAUGCACACAGAGAAAAAUGUUUGUGAGAGUAUAUGUGGCACAUUGUUGGAUUUAGACGGUAAGUCUAAAGAUAAUUAUAAAUCACGGCAAGACAUGGAACAAAUGGGAAUUAGGCCUGAACUUCAUCCGAUUCCAAAGGGUUCUGGAAAAUUUUAUUUACCUACAGCAGCUUUUACAAUGAGCAGAACGGAGAAAACUACAUUUUGUCAGGUUUUGAAAAAUUUAAAAGUUCCCGAUGGUUAUGCAUCAAACAUCGCAAGGUGUGUUCAGCUAAAACCACCAAAAUUGUUAGGCUUGAAAAGUCAUGACUAUCAUGUAAUGAUGCAACAAUUGUUACCUAUAGCCUUGCGAAACACACUCUCCAAGACAGUACGCUCACCUUUAAUUAAGCUCAGUCAGUACUUUAGAGAACUUUGUUCUAAAGUAAUUUGUCCCGCUGACGUCAUUCGUUUGGAGAAAGAUAUUGCCGUGGUACUUUGUCAAUUGGAGAAGUUAUUUCCACCAUCAUUCUUCGAUGUAAUGGUGCACUUGACUGUUCAUUUGGCUACAGAAGUGAGGUUAUGUGGGCCUGUUCACUAUCGUUGGAUGUAUCACAAUAGUUUUACAUACACCUCUAAUUAAGCACAGGUUUAGAAUUCUCGAAACUAGGACCUAUUGAAUUAUGCUAAUUUCCUUCUUAUACUUGUAUACUUUUAUUAUCUAAACCUUAAUUCACUUUUUCCAACAUUGAUAAAUAAGUUUCAUAACUUAUUUAUGCACAAUGGACAAAGUAUAGCUCGUUUUACUAACUAGUAGUCAGGCUGUUUUAGCUUAACUUUUCCUUUAAUGUAUGCAGUUAUGGCUUCUAAAGGACGAAGGUCGACUAGUGAAGGUAAAAAACAAUUUCUUUUUAGUUAUAUGAUGUUCAUGUAAUUGUGUAUAACUUGAUGAGAUUCAGAAACAUAGUUCGUCUUUUAUGAUUUUAUGUAUCCACAAUAUAAUCUUCUCUUAGAGUUAUAGCAUAUUAUGGUGAUAUGGAGUUCAAAGUAAACAUAGUUGGUUUUCAGCAUUCACAACAAAACAUAGUUGGUGUUUAAUAAUGAUGUGCAGGCUUCACAAGUAGGACUGCAGUGGGCAGAAGAACAUG